AUGGCUCUUGUGAUGCAGUUUGUUGAGUUGGUUUCAACUUUUCUCCAAAAUUCCUCUGGAACUUUUCUUUUCUUAACGUUACUUGUUGCAGUCCUUAUACCGUUAGUUUUCUUCAGAAUCCGUGCAAAGCUGAAUAAAAGAGGACCAAACCCUUUCACCUUUGACUGUCGAAGGCCACCUCAACCCCUGGUCUUAGACCAGGCGGAACGGGACAAAGUGAUCAAGCAAGGAUUUGUUGCGCGGAAAGUGCCUGACAACCUCGAUGCUAUCGUGAUAGGUAGCGGAAUUGGAGGGCUUACCUCUGCAGCCCUUUUGGCGAAGGCAGGAAAGAAGGUUCUGGUGUUAGAGCAGCAUGAUCAAGCAGGAGGAUGCUGCCAUUCGUUUAUAGACAAAGGUCUGUUUAUGCUUUAUAGGAACCUGUUGAUCUGUCUGAGUUAUCCGUAAUCUGUAGCUUUCAGCUCUCUCUUGCAUCAUCAUUAACAUGCUUACGGGUCGGGCAGAAGAGCCAGUGCAGCACAUGGCCCUAAUACGGCUCGUCAUUUUAAAUUGAACUUAUAACAAGGUUUGGGAAGGUGGAUGUGGCUUAUUACGUAAUGGUACAUGGCGAGGGUUCUUUGUAGAAAAACGAGAGCAGGUGGAUAGUAAAGUAACUCAAGAUUUAGCUCAAUAUUGUUUGCAAUGGCUGAAUAGAUAACAGCUCGGGUCAUCGAAAUUUUAUCUAGAGAGCUCUACAAUUGCAUAGUUACAGAAAAAUUAUUCGAUCUUCCAUGCCUAAUGAAAUUACUCAGAUUAGCUAACGACUUUUUAGUUGAUUUUAUUGUUGCCUCAUGGACAGAGGCUCUUGGUGCUCUUACGAGUCGACUGAAAGGCUUUUCUAGUCCAUCACUUUUGAAUGGUAGUGUUUUUUCUUUUCUUUUCACUACCCAAGGUUUGAUAAAUACUGAUUUAGUAGUGUAAGCUGUUAAAACAACAGGAAACAUUUGCGUCAAGUGGAGUUAUACAUGGCUGUUUUUGUGUCAUUCUUUAGAGAUCUAGGUCAGAAUGUGGAAAUUUGUUGAAACUUAAUCAUAAUAAAACAUUAUGGUUUAAAUUAGAUACCUAUGAAAAUCCUGCAUUCUUAGACAAGACCUAUCUAGAUUGGGUGAUCUGAAUUAGGAAUAACAUUCUUUCUUCUUACAAUUUUCUCUUACAUUUUGCCAGAAAAUUAUUAACUGUCAAACAUUGUUACCAAAUUCACAAACUUAAUCAGUAAGUUGCAGAAAUUGCAUAGCAUUACAUGAUGAUUUUGUAAAUUACAUACCUAAGAAUUAUCCCUUAACCUUUAAAUUCCAAAGAUCUUAUUGUUAAUUCUCCCCUCCAGCUGAUACCCAUUUUCUUGUAAAUUGGUUAGUUGAAUUUGGCAUUAGACCAAGAUAUCAACUUCUACCUGAUGAAUUUGAAUAUACUCAUUACCUUUUUGUUGAAUAAUUUAUGGAUAUUGUAGGGGAAGUUACAUCUUAAUCAAUUUUGGGUGUUUAAGGGUUAAGUGAUAAUAGCAAAUUUCAUUUUUUUGCACCUUCUGGUUUACAUUACAGGUUAUGAGUUUGAUCCAGGUAUUCAUUACAUUGGAGAAAUGAACUGCACAGGGACAAUGCGUCUUCUCUCAGAUCAACUAACUGAAGGUCAGCUGGAUUGGGUUCCCCUUGAAAAACAAUUUGACACUGUAGUGAUUGGCAAUGGAGAUAAUGCAAGAAAGUACCCAAUCUGUGGUGGACGACAGGAUGAAUACCGCAAUGCAUUGUAUGAGAGUUUUCCAAAAGAAAGGAAAGCUAUUGAUCAAUACAUGAAACUGCUUAAGGUAAAUAUCAUAUUUUUGAUACAGUUUUUGAGCACUGGUUUUGUUAUCCUACAUGCAGCAUCUCUAACAAAUAAAAACCUCAACAGAAUCUAGAUUUACCUACAGUACUGUCCACCAUGUGUCCAAUGUGACACAAAAGCAAAUGAGCAUGCCAUCUGACUUUUCUGACUGACUGAGAAAUAACCUGUCUUUGUAAUUCAGAAUCUUAAAGACUACCAUCAUUUUGUUUCAUAUUGACACUGGAAAGAUCAUGAUCAAAUCAAUCCAUACCAAAUCUUGAUUAUGACAUGCAUUUUUCUGUUUACACAUCUUGAUAUGUAUCUGGUAGUUCAUGAUAGUACUAUAACUUGCUCAAGAACUGUACUGGAUAUAUGGGACUUCUUGUCUGUGGUCAGCUGGUGCCCAUAACUGAAUGAGCCUAUGGGUAGCAGUUUAAUGCAAUGUUAGAACAAAAUCACUGCUCAAUUGCUUAUUCUUUAAUCAGUAAAUGUAAACUUUGCUUUGUGAGCUUAACAUUUCCAUCACAUGACAGGUAAUGAGGACAAAACCCAAAUUUACCACCAUGCAUUGAAAUCAAGAGUGAAUUAUCCAAUUUUUGUCUUAUAAAUACCUGACAGUCAUUUGAAAUUAAGUAAAAGACAGGUGUAUAUUUUAGCUUUAUUUUAUCUACAAGAGUGCACUGUCAGGCUGGUCACUUUACCCACCAUCUUCAUGGAAUAAAUAGCAGUAAAUAGAAGAAGAGGCAAUUAGAUCAUAUUAUCUGUGAUAGAAUUCUAGCAGAUUCAUGCUAAUUCAGUGAACAGACAUUAUGUGGUAGCUAUUCCCAGGAAUUUUUUAAUUCCAUUUACACUCUGUUUAUGGUCCUUCAUGCACUAACUCAAGCUACAGUGUGGUGUAAAGAAGUAGGUAGAUGGCAAAUUCUGAAGGAGUUAUGCUAUCAGGUUCUUUUUUUUGUGGAACAUGCACAAUGCAAAAAAUAAUCAUCAAAAUUAUUCCACAAAUAUAAUGUGGCUUGAUGGGAUAAAAAUGCAAGAGACUUGGCUGAAAAGGAAGAUGAUUAACCCUUUAACCCUUAAGAGUGACCAGCAUCCAGUUUCUCCUUACAAUACCACCCCUGAAUCAAACAUAACAGUCACAAGAAUAAAGCAAAUGGUCAACAACCAAGGAAGCUCUUGAUUGUUAAGCAGAUUCUCCUUGUCAGCACCUUAGUGGAGAAUAUGCUUGCUGAUGAAAGGGUUAAAGGUUAAGAACAUAGGGGAUAAAAAUGGAAUUGAAGUGAUGAACUUGAAAACUCAGGGUAAUUUUUCAGAAUGUACAUGAACAGUGACAUGGUUUCACUAAGUUUGGUUUUCAAGGUCGGGAAGAAUUGUUCUUAAAACUUUGUUUUUUCUUGUUAGAAAAAUUUCAUGUCUGAAUCCUUUUUUGUAGGAUGUUCGUAAAUCAAUGCCAGGUUAUGUAGCUUUCAAACUCAUGCCUGUAUGGUUGGCCAAAUUCAUGUUUACAACUGGAAUUUCAAACUGGAUGACAAAGUUUUUCAAGUAUUCUAAAAGAUCAGUUGCAGAAGUGUUGGAAGAGCUGACAGAUGAUAAGGAUCUUCAAACUGUCCUGGCGUACAAUUUUGGUGACUAUGGUAAGAGCUAGCAAACUUUGCGCCUUAGCCCAUUCACCCUUAAUCCUUUAACCCCUAAGAGUGACUGGCAUCUAAUUUCUCUUUACCAUAUCACCACUGAAUCAAACAUUAAGGUCAGGAGAAUAAAGGAGCUGAUCACCAACUAAAGAAGUUCUUGAUUGUGAGACAAAUUCUCCAUGUUGGCAUCUUAGGAAAUGUUUAGAGAGCAGUAUGGAGAAUAUGCAUACUGAUGUUAGGGUGUAAAGGGUUAAGAAUGGCUGGCUUCUUAUUUGAUGUUAGGGUGUAAAGGGUUAAGAAUGACUGGCUUCUUAUUUGAUGUUAGAGUGUAAAGGGUUUAGAGUAACUGGCUUCUUAUUUGAUGUUAGGGUGUAAAGGGUUUAGAGUAACUGGCUUCUUAUUUGAUGUUAGUGUGUAAAGGGUUUAGAGUAACUGGCUUCUUAUUUGAUGUUAGUGUGUAAAGGGUUUAGAGUAAGUGGCUUCUUAUUUGAUGUUAGUGUGUAAAGGGUUUAGAGUAAGUGGCUUCUUAUUUGAUGUUAGUGUGUAAAGGGUUAAGAGUAACUGGCUUCUUAUUUGAUGUUAGGGUGUAAAGGGUUUAGAGUAACUGGCUUCUUAUUUGAUGUUAGGGUGUAAAGGGUUUAGAGUAACUGGCUUCUUAUUUCCCCUAAGGGUAUUACCCUUGAAUCAGAUAUUAAGGUUAUAAGAUUAAAGGAAAUUGAUCACCAAUUUUAGAAGCAUCUGAUUGUCAAACAAGAUCUCUUUGUCAGUACUGUAGGAAAUGAAAAGAGAACAUUGCAGAUAAGGGGGAGGGAAGUGGAGGAAAAGAGUGCUUCUGUUUACAAAGUAUUAGAUGUGUUCAUUUCCUAUCGUUUAGUCAUAAGUGUCCUACCAGUCAUGUUAACCCUUUAACUCCCAUGAGUAACCAAGACAGAAUUUCUCCUUACAAUAUCAAUACAAUAUCAGCCAGAUGAGUGAUGAGAAUAAAGAAACAUAUCAAUUUGGGGAUAAUUAGUUGAUCCAAUACUUAAUUCUCUGAAGUAACAUCAUAAGAAUCGUAUGGUUGACAGCAGGGAGAAUUACAAAUUUGAUCCGGGAGUUAAAUUUUAUCAGCAUUAUGAGAAGAGCUCUUUAUUGUAGUCAUGAAAUGUUUGAAUUACCUUUCCAAUAACGUUUAUCUUUUAUUUGUUUAUUUUCUCAAGGGACUCUUCCAGGAGAAGGCAGUUUUGCAAUGCAUGCCAUACUUGCAAAUCAUUACUUAUUUGGAGCAUUUUAUCCACGUGGUGGGGCAAGCGAGAUUGCUUUCCACAUCAUUCCGGUUAUAGAGAAAGCGGGUGGAAAAGUGCUAGUCAGAGCAAGGGUCUCCAAAAUUCUUGUUGAGGAAGCUUCUGGGAAAGUCCAAGGUAGGAUGUUUGAAGAGACGCAAAGCUUUUGUUGUUGUUUCUUUUUGUGUAUUACCCUCAGAUUAUUUUGCCUUAGAGCUAGCGUCAGCGCAUCACGUCAUUUUUUCAUUCGUCUGUUAUUAAAAAUAAUAAAGAACAAUGCGAUAAACCUGCUAUAGUACAAAAAGGGUCGCAAGUACUUCAGAAUAAAAGGAUGAUGAGUAAAAGGUGGGGAAUAAUUCCCUGAUUUAUAAAUCAUGAGCCGUUAAAAAAACUAAAGUGCAACUUUUCAAGGUGAAAACCUUGUUCAAGUGAUAAUUGUUGAGUGUAUAGAGGUAACUCAAGAGAUGAACUUCCUGAACAAACAUUAACCUCAGUUCAAAAGCAAUAAUUUGACUACACUGUGGUUAAGUGGCAGACACAACAUGACUCAACGUGAUACCCAGUAACAUGGCGUGACCCAACAUAAUUUAUUGUUUUUAUUUAUCAAAACUGUUUUUGUUUUGUUUUGUUUUUUCAGGUGUACGUGUUCAAAAGGGCGGUAGUGAGAUGGAUAUUUUUGCUCCAGUUGUGAUUUCGGCUGCAGGGAUCUACAACACAUUCGAGACCCUUCUUCGAUGUGAGAAACCCAUACCCGACAAGAACCUGCUAAAAUCCGAGGGUGUUCGUCAUGGUUACGCGGCCAUGUCGGUCUACGUCGGCCUCAAGGGGACGAAAGAGGACUUCAGACUAAAAGCUUCCAAUGUAUGGGCUUUCACCGACAACGAACUCGAUAAAAGCACCAGGAAGUACUUACAGUCGGACGCUGCUACCGCCGGAACUGAAGAUAUUCCCCUUUUGUUUAUCUCCUUUCCCUCGACUAAAGACCCCGAUUGGGACAGGAGGCACCCCGGUAAAACGACAUGUACCGUCAUCACUCUUGCCCCGUACGAGUGGUUUGAGCGUUGGGAGAACGAACGGGUUAUGAAGCGGGGCGAGGAAUACGAGGAAUUCAAAAACCGUAUCGGCAAGCGCAUCUGGGAACAAACUUGCAAGCUCUUCCCGCAAGUUUGCGACCGGGUUGAUUUCUUUGAUGUCGGGAGUCCGUUGAGUAACAGAUACUACAUCGCUGCUCCUCGUGGGGAGAUAUACGGGAUUGAUCAUCACAUUGACCGGUUCAGUCCCAACGCCGCGAUGAAACUCCGUCCGGAUACGUCCAUCCCUGGGUUAUACCUGACCGGACAGGAUAUCUUAAGCUGUGGGUUCGCUGGAGCGAUGUUCAGCGGGGUGAUUACUGCUUCAGCUGUCCUUAAGAGAAAUUUAUUCGCGGAUAUGAGUCGUCUUCAAACGGAGGUGAAGAAAAAAGCAGCGAAGAGUGCAGACAUGGAAAACGGAGUGGCCAGUGAUGGUUUAGUCAAAGAGUGAUCCUAAACUUAUUUGGUCAUAAACCAAACUCUACUUCUCGCAAUGGAGCGUUUAUCUAACUUUACUAUUCCAUAUUACCUGAUUGAUUGAUGAAGUUCGUAAUUACUUGAGAGAGUUAUAGAAUCCUAAAGAAGGCUUUAUUUGAAGGUGAUGAUGGUUCUCAUUGAGUUGAAUACUAUUAAUUAAUUACGUAACGUUAAUGAAAGGUGUGGAAAUUAUUUUUAAUCAAAAACAUAUCUUUCGUAGAAUGAUAAUAUAAAAAUAACAAAGGUUGAAUAACAAAGGUUGAGAAUUAUGCCGAUAGCUCCAACCGCCGCUUCAAACAUUUAACCGUUUAAAUCCUGACACCAGUAGGUAAAUUUUCCAUACUGUUCUCUAUACACUUCCUAAGGUACUGAAAAGGACAAUUUGUUCAGCUAUCGAGAGUGAUCUUAGUUGAUCAUUUCCUUAAUUCUCGUGACCAUAAUCUGAUAUUUAGGGGUGAUAUUGGAAGGAGAAAUUAGAUGCUAGUCCCUGUAAGGGAAUAGAGAAGGUAAUUAAACGGAACUUUAAUGUUUUGGACUGGUAAGUCCUAAAAUGAGUGACUUGUAUCAUUCCCAGUGAUUACUUAAACGUGGUUAUCUAGUAUUCUUGAUUACUAGUAUAGGACAACUGGAACAUAAUUCGUGUAUUUUGAAGAGAAGAGUAGGGUACGAGUGGUCUAUUCGUAAACUAUCGGCUUAUUUAAGUGAUUUUAAAUAAAGUUCUCAAUUGUGUCCGAAG